UCGCUGGAGAAAAUCGUGUCGGAGCUCCGCACAGCCAGGCUACUAUUGUCAAACCGCCAAUGAGGUAAAAGCGGGGCGGAGAACAGUCGACGAUUGUACUACGGGCAGUUGCCUACUGCAAACAGCUGUGGAGCGUCUGCUUUGUACACGCGUUUCGCUGAUCUGGUCAAUGGAUUACACAGUUUCCCUACAAGUGCAACAUCAACUGGCUGUCUUCCCGACACACUUGUACCAGGGUUACAGUUUGGAGUUACAGAUGAAGUCUACAGAAGUGGACCAAGGGCUUUUCACAGACACCUACUGCAAAGUGUGCAGCGCUCAGCUCAUCUCCGAGUCCCAGAGGAUCGCCCACUACGAGAGUCGGAAACAUGCCAAUAAAGUACGACUGUAUUACAUGCUACAUCCCGUGGAUGGAGGCUGCCCAGCUAAGAAACUCAGAACAGACAAUGGAAGUGAGGAGGGAGACGUGGACAAGAACAAGUGCUGCACGCUGUGUAACAUGUCCUUCACCUCAGCAGUGGUGGCACAGUCACAUUACCAAGGCAAAAUCCACGCCAAGAGACUAAAGCUGCUGCUGGGGGAGCAGCCUGCCAUCACAGCCAAAGAGGUGCCGCCCAGUCCGGUGAAAAGUUCCCUGGAAACUACCCCGGUGACCUCUCCUCGGCAGCGCAGGGACUCAGACCGCUACUGCCAGCUAUGCAACGCCUGGUUCAACAACCCAGGCAUGGCGCAGCAGCACUACGACGGCAAGAAGCACAAUAAAAACGCAGCUCGCGCUGUCCUCCUGGAACAGCUGGGCAAGACCCUGGACAUGGGAGAGAUGAAAGGUCUGAAACGUAGUUAUACGUGUGAAGUCUGCAAUGUCACACUCAACUCUGUGGCACAGUACCAUGCACAUCUGCAGGGCUCAAAGCACCAAAACAACCUGAAGAAUCAGAUAUGUGUCCAGUGAAUCUUGAAGAACAAAAUAAACCAUUGGAUUGAUGUCAGACAAGCUGUGGUCAGCUUGCCCUGCGUUUUCUGCCUCUGCUCUGCUUUCUCUCUGUACCACACACACACACACACACUUUCUCUCUCUCUCUAUGUGUCUCUCUCGCUGUCUCUCUGUCUCUCUCCAUGGCCCUGCUGGCAUACAGUAUGAGAACAAAGGGUUUUGUAAAGCUCCAUCUCCACAGCAUCUCUCUCACCUGUCAACGUAAAGCUUCCGCAGAACUCUUCUCAGUUUGGCCGUGUGAUCAUCAACAUUCCACACGAACAGAUUUUCAGUAUGUUUAAAGACAAUGGUCCAACAGCAUAAAAGUUGAUCGGAUAAAGGGGCGGUCCCCUCAAUGCAUGAUAAAACGAACGACCUGCAACUUCAUGCCAACUAUGCUUUUUGCUUUAGCUGUGUUAGAGAGAGGAAUACUCUGUGGCAUUUUGACUUGAGGAAUAUAGUUUUUUGUAGUUUCUUUACCUCUGAAACAGAAAAUGUAUACGAUAACUUAUAUGUAGGUAAUAUAUUGUUUUUAGAUUUUAUUUGAGUAAUUUAUUUAAACAAUUGUAUUUGGAUUGCCAUCAGAAUUCGUUUUUUUUUUCAGAAUAAUGUAUAACAUUAUAAUAAUGGUUCAAUGAUUGGGUCUACAGUAUGCUACAGUAUGUAUUACCAUACAAUCUUACAAUAACAUAAUAUCCCUGGUGGACAUAAGGUUUUGUUGGCAAUAAUAAUGACAGUUUAAGAAAUGCCUUUGAACAUAAUAUAUAUUUUUAAAUUUUGGGAAUUGAUCUUUCUGUGUCCCUAGCAGUCUUGGAAGGAGAAUCUAGAUAGGGAUCUAUGUUGUCAGUGUUCCAGGUCUCAACAUGUGUUCUCUGUUCCUCCAUGUGGUUUUGAGGUUCAUAUGUGGUCUUCGUCUCAGGGAGGUCCCAUUGAUUACUAUUGUUCAGAAUCAUGAUUCAGAUUCAUGAACUGUUUUAAAAUGUUACUACGUUCGUGUUCACUGAAUUCAUUCCAAAAAAGCCUUUUAGUAUGUGUAAGUAAUACAGCCAAUUACAGUAAAUUUGAAUCAAACCAUGUUAUUCUGUAAUGGUGUGAAACAUUGCUGUUAUGAUGAUGAUGUCUUAUUCAGAGAUGGGGAGUAUUUAAAAAGCAAUCCAACUUUAAUAUACAAGCUUAUUACAACAUUAUGUAGCAACUCUUUCAUUCUAGUAUGUUAUUCGAACAUCAAAGCUACGUUUUGACAGUGGUUCCUGUUGCCAUAGCAGGUGUUUUAGUAGAAAUGUCUAUUUGUUCUUACUGUUGUGGACUAAACAGUUUAUUGGUAAUUGGGAAAGCAGAUGCAUCUUUAUACAGAUAUAAGUUAUUUAUGUUCCUGUCAGUACAGUGCAGUCAGUGUCUGUCGACAGCAAAGAUGUGUUGGAUCAAUAGCCUUGAUAAAUGUGUUAAAAUGUAUUUUUGUGCUAAUUUAUAAAUAACUGAUCUGUUUGUUUUGAAAGUACCAUUGUCUGGAAUUAUUACACCAGUUGAAACCAAGCCUUUUUAGAUGUUUUGAUAACACUUCAACUGUUUUUAUUUACUGCUUUUACUCAACAACAACAAAACACCAAAGCAUGUUCAUGGGCAUUAGAGAGAUGGAGAGAGAAACUCACAAACAUACAACAAAUCUUUCUGAACUCAACACCAACUGAAGAAAAACAUACAAAUCUUUCUGAACUCAACACCAACUGAAGAAAAACAUACAACAAAUCUUUCUGAACUCAACACCAACUGAAGCUGGCUCAACAGAGCCAUCCGCCUUGUGAGAUGCCACAGGCAACAAAAAAACAAAAAAACUAAUGUACAAAGUGUUUUUACUAUUACAAGCAACUUAAGAUUUACUCUGUGCACGAAUGAUUUACUAAUUAAUGCAACUCUGCGAUCCACUGAAUUGCUUUGCUCAAGCCAAGUCAUAACGUUACAUUCUGCCCAACUUUUGCAUUGGAUCUAGUGUCUCUCCCUCGAUCUCCAGAGGAAUACCACAUCUCAUACACCCUACUCACUUUGUGCGCUCUCUGGGUUAUGUACUAUCCUGUGUCUGAAAAAGAAUAAAAAGACACUUGCAA